AUGUUUUCCCUCUUGGUACUGGUAGCCCUGCUCUCGGGGAAUGUCUCAGGGUUGUACACUGGAUCUACAACUUCCAGUAGUGAGGGGAAUGUCGGUUCUCUGACCUUGAAAUCGGCUAUCCUCUAUCAAAACGAUGGCAACUGGACUGCGCAUGCAGAGACACCUAGCUCAAUACUAUUCCUUGAUCCGAAGACGAAAAUCGACGCCAAAGAGAUUUGUACCCGAAAUGGAGAAGUCUUAUUAAAUGCGCAAGAGCUGAAGAAAUUCCAGACUCCCCUGCAAUAUCAGGCCUAUAUCGGUGCCAUAUCGCCCGAUGAGCAAUUCUGGACAUCGGGGUCAAACUCCCAACGAACAAACAUUAUAUCCCGAAAGAAGACCCGACGCUUCAUCUGCACUAACUCCGCCCCACUCGUCGACGUUGUCGAUGCGCCCUUCUACAGCUUUCCGAAAGCUAAUGUCUCUAGCAAUGGGACAACCUAUAUGGGUGUGCGAGACCAUAUGUCAUAUCGAUUUUUGGGCAUUCCGUUUGCCCUUCAACCCAUCAAUGAGCUGCGGCUGGCAUACCCAAUUCAGUGGUACACUAACGAGACAAACUACGUUCUGAAUACCACUACUUAUGGUCCGACCUGUCCUGCAAAUGGUGGCUACUUUGAUGGCAAUUCAUACGGCUUGAAUCCUUGGGGUAACUCAGAGGCCUGUCUUCUGAUGAAUAUCUUCACUCCAUAUCUGCCUGGCAAAGAGGAUACUGAGCCCGAAAACCUAAAGCCGGUCAUGUUUUGGCUGCACGGCGGCGGUGGUACUGCGACUGAUGCCACUUACGAUGGCGCGAGCUUGACCUCUCGCUCUGAUGUGGUCCUUGUUAGUAUCAACUGGCGUGGUAGCAACUUCGGUGACAUCUCUUUCAACGACGGCUAUGUUGACGGCAACUACGGCAUCGCAGAUAUUGUUGCUGGCCUUCAGUGGGUCCAAGAUCACAUUAAGGAGUUUGGCGGCAAUCCCGAUAGUGUGACAGUCUUCGGACAAAGUGCCGGUGGUGAAAGUGUUAUGAAUAUGGUCCGAUCCCCGAAGGCAGCUGGGCUGUUUACUGCGGCAAUUUUGCAUAGCGCUGCUCUUGGGCCAGCCGUGACUCAGGAAGAGGUCGCCAAUGCCACAGUGCCCGCUGUGAAGGAAGUCUGCGGAGAUGCCAUUGGUGCGAAGCGUCUUUCAUGUCUUCGAAGUCUAUCCCUCGAUGAGUUCAUGAACAACAUCACCUGGACGGUUGGUGAGAGUUACGAUAACUUUGACACUGGGGCUAUUGUUGAUGGUAUCUGGAUUGCUGGCCAGAGUGUGGCUGCUGCCAGGGAAGGAAAGCUCAACCUUGUGCACUUUAUGUCUGGAUCAAUGCCCGAAGAGGGAGAGUCACUUCUUGGAACGAUGAUUUUGCAGAAUGCAACCGACUUUAACGAAACUCUCUGGUCACUUGCUGGCUCCCAGUAUCCCGAUGACUGGCCUCCUCUGGUCGAAGAGUCUGGUGUUUGGAAUAAUGGCUCGAAUUCAAUCAAUGCUUACAACAACACUAUCAAUGCAUUUACAACGGUUCAUCUUACCUGCCCUGGUGAGCAAUUUAUCAAGGCUGCUUAUGAAGCGAAUGCUUUCAAGUCUUACUAUUACUACAACAAUCUUCGUGCGUAUGCCCUGUCUUAUUAUGAUCCCUACGAUUCAUGUACUUUCCCCGUUGGCGAACCAGACACACCUUACUAUCGCUGUCAUUCCGGUGAUCUAUACGAAGUAUUCGGAUCCUACUACAUCUUUGACCAGCCUGUUCGAACUGCUGACGACAUUGGUCACACAAAUCUCCAGCAAGAUAUGUGGGGCUCAUUUGCCCGAACAGGCAACCCUAAUCCCUCAAAGGAGUAUCUCAAAAUGCGUGGCUAUGAAGGAUCUCUGGCUGUUUUUGAGAAAUUCUCAUGGGAUAGUUUUGAUGGAAGUGCAUCUAUCAACAUCGACUAUCCGCGACCGUAUAUGAGCGGUCUUCCUUGGGCUGAGAAGUGUGGUGUUGUUGAAGAAUUAUACCAACUUCCUUGA